AUGAUGAAAGUGGAAUAGGGAAUGACUUUCCUUUAAAAAAUUUGGAGUAAAAUAGGGCGAAAGCUUAAUACAAACUUUAUUUUAAUCAUAAAGAAUAAAUAUUAUUGGUGCAAUUUGGUAAGGAUUGUUUCUAUUUUAGUGUCUAAGAUCAAACAUUGAUUAAUUUAAAGUAAUCUUUGAGAAAUAUUAAUUGAAAAAAGCUAAUAAUUGA